AAUUAGAAACCACUAAAGACAAAUGGUUCCAGAGGAAAAUAGUUUUUUAUGGGGGGCUAAGGAUAAAAUAUAAAAAGCUACAUUAUAUGUCUCCCCCACGCGCCAUAUGCGCCCUGUUUUUGUCACGCACUCUGAGUUUGUACUGAAAAAAAUGCCCGUUACACGGUUCUCCUCCACAAAAAUUUUCCCGAACUUUCUCCUCCACAAUUCCUCGGUUUCUCGCACGCCAAUCACCUAUGAAACCCUAGUUAUCUUUAAGCUCUCAAGAUUUCUACUUUCAUGGAAAGUGCUGCUCUUAGUCGCCACUGCUAUAGCUCUAUUCAUGGCCGUCAUCGCUUUCUCCCACCUUCACUCCCUCCGCUUCGGUCCGAGCUCGCGAAGAAGAAAGGGGCACUUCAUCUGCUGUCACUCGGCGGAAACCAGCGGAAGUAAGAGCGGUGCCGCUAUUCUUUGGUUCAAGCACGAUCUCCGCCUCGACGAUCAUCCUGCACUUGUCGCCGCCGCCAAAUCCCAUCGCUCUGUACUCCCUCUCUACGUAUUCGACCGCCGGAUUCUCUCUCGUUACUCUGAUGAAAUACUAGAACUCGUUCUUUUUGCUCUAAAUGAUUUGAGAAAUUCAUUGAGGAAACAGGGAACUAAUCUGAUGAUCAGGUUCGGGAGUGCAGAAAGCGUCAUAGCAGAGCUUGUAAAACAGAUAAAAGCUUGUAAUGUAUAUGCUGAAGUGGAACUGGAGUAUGAGAUGCAUGAGAUGAUCAAAGUGGUGAAAAGGAACAUGGAAGAAGUGCCUUUUCUAGAUGGAAACCUGGAUAUUGUUCUAUGGCAGACUCCGUUUUAUGAUAUUAAGAAUAUGAAGGACCUGCCUGCAUCGCAUGAUGACUUUAAGAAACUUAAGUUAUUGCCAACCUUGCCUGUUCUGCCUCCAUCAUUACCAGCUGUGGAAGUGGAAAUGGACUGGGGUUCUCUUCCCUCGUUUGAGGACCUUAAAGAAUUCAUGAAUGGGAAUUCAAACAAAUCAUUAGAGAAUUGGAAUAUGAUCAAGGAGAUGUCAGCAGAAACCUUAUUGCAGAAGAAAUUCCCAAAAUCAUCAGGAUUAUUGUCAGAAAAUUCAAAAUUUGAACAUAAUGAGAAGAAGAAACUGGAUAAAUCUGCUUUUGUGACACGCAAAGGAAAUAUUGUAGGAGGUGGGACCGAUUCAGUUCUCAAUGCACUAGCUGCAUAUUUGAGAUAUUUGGAGGGAACAGCUCGAGAUGACUGGCAAGAGGUACAUGAAAGGUUGCGUAAUGCUGAAAGUCGGGAAGGGGCUUCUUUUAUUUCAAUUUUUGGCCCUGCCCUACAUCUUGGCAUCAUAUCUAAUAGAAGGGUGCAUCAUGAAGCUAUCACAUAUGAGAAGGAACGGAAUGCUGGAUUUAUAUCUCCUUUUGGAUACUCAACAACUACUGUUGCAGCAGCAGCUGAUGCUGUGUGCUCAAUGGAGUGGUAUUCGCUGAUGGCACAAAAAAGUCUAAUAAGUAAUGAAGGAACAUAUUCGAUCCGUAUGUGGAGAUGGAACAGCUAUCUAAUUCAGUACACAGUAGUUGGUGAAGGAGGCCCUGCCACUCUACUCGUGCAUGGUUUUGGUGCUUUUUUUGAGCAUUAUCGUGAUAAUAUAAAGGAGAUAGCUGAAACUGGAAAUUGGGUCUGGGCCAUCACGCUCUUAGGAUUUGGCAAAUCAGAAAAGCCAAAUAUUGUAUACACUGAACUUCUGUGGGCUGAAAUGCUGAGAGAUUUUAUUGUUGAAGUCGUGGGUGAACCGGUGCAUCUAGUAGGGAACUCACUUGGGGGCUACAUUGUAUCAAUUGUUGCCUGUCUAUGGCCUAGCUUGGUUAAAUCUGUUGCCCUUAUCAACAGUGCUGGAAAUGUCAUUCCUGGGUUUUCUCAGCUGUUCUCCAAAGAGAGGCGACCUUCAGGGGCUGCAUGGCUUGGUGCGCGACUGCUUUGGUUAUGUUUGAGGUUGACUAUCAAGAGCAUAGUGAAAAAUUGCUAUCCAGCUAAAACUGAGCGAGCUGAUGAUUGGCUUAUUAGUGAAAUGGUGAGAGCAGUAUCCACUUAAUUAAUUACAGUCAAUCAUAUGCACGUGUCUGGUUGUGUUUAUAAAACUAGAAUAGGUAUCUAGCUAUUUACUCAAGGGAUGACCUUAACAUAUCAUGAAGUCUUAUGAUCCUGGGGUGCUAGUGGUCCUGGAAAGUAUCUUCAGCUUCGAUCUUUCUCUUCCUCUUAACUAUCUCUUGGAAGGGUUAGAGGAAAAAGUUCUGAUCGUGCAGGGAAUGAAAGAUCCAAUCUCAGACUCCAAAUCCAAAGUAGCCAUGCUUAAAGAGCAUUGCGCAGGAGUGACGGUUAAAGAAUUGAAUGCAGGGCAUUGUCCCCACGAUGAGCUGCCAGAAGAAGUGAAUUCUAUUAUCUGUGAAUGGAUACUAACUGUUGAAAACAAACUACCUGUAGAGAGCUGUUUGUAGUCAUUACAACGUUAGAUUCAAAUCACAACCCACUCAAAAUAUGGGAAAUGGGGAAAAACCAAAAAGGCAUAUACAGACGAAAAGCUUGCUUGAAUCUGAAAGCUGAUACUCCUAUCUUUUUGAUCAUUUAUGAAAAUUUCAAAGUAAUUGUUUAAACAGCUUUGCAAAUAAAUCAAACAAUCUUCU